UCGGCCCGUAUGGUCCCUGCGUGGCGUGGCCGGGCCGCCGCCCUCCCGGAGCCGGGACAGCCAGGGCGACGUGGUGAGGGGCCUGGCCCUCGGUUGCGGCGCCCGGGGCCCCGCCCGGGGUGGGAGGCCGCGUAGAGGUGGCGAAGGUUCAAAAUGGUUUCAAUCCCAGAAUACUAUGAAGGAAAGAAUGUUCUUCUCACAGGAGCUACUGGUUUUCUAGGAAAAGUACUUCUGGAAAAGUUGCUGAGGUCUUGUCCUAAGGUGAAUUCUGUGUAUGUUUUGGUAAGGCAGAAAGCUGGACAGACACCGCAGGAGCGGGUGGAAGAAGUCCUUAGUGGCAAGCUCUUUGACAGAUUGAGAGAUGAAAAUCCAGAUUUUAGAGAGAAAAUUGUAGCAAUCAACAGUGAACUCACCCAGCCUAAAUUGGCUCUUAGUGAAGAAGAUAAAGAGGUCAUCAUAGAUUCUACUAAUAUUAUAUUCCACUGUGCAGCUACAGUACGGUUUAAUGAAAAUUUAAGAGAUGCUGUUCAGUUAAAUGUGAUUGCUACACGACAGCUUAUUCUCCUUGCACAACAAAUGAAGAAUCUGGAAGUGUUCAUGCAUGUCUCAACAGCUUAUGCCUACUGCAAUCGAAAACAUAUUGAUGAAGUAGUCUAUCCACCCCCUGUAGAUCCCAAGAAGCUGAUUGAUUCUUUAGAAUGGAUGGACGAUGGCCUAGUAAAUGAUAUCACACCAAAAUUAAUAGGAGACAGACCUAAUACGUACAUAUACACAAAAGCAUUGGCAGAAUAUGUUGUACAACAAGAAGGAGCAAAGCUAAAUGUGGCGAUUGUAAGGCCAUCAAUUGUUGGUGCCAGUUGGAAAGAACCUUUUCCUGGAUGGAUUGAUAACUUUAAUGGACCAAGUGGCCUCUUUAUUGCAGUGUUGUUUUUAAUUUCAACAAAGGCAGGGAAAGGAAUUCUUCGAACAAUGCGUGCCUCCAACAAUGCCCUUGCAGAUCUUGUUCCUGUAGAUGUAGUUGUCAACACAAGUCUUGCGGCAGCCUGGUAUUCCGGAGUUAAUAGACCAAGAAACAUCAUGGUGUACAAUUGUACAACAGGCAGCACUAAUCCUUUCCACUGGGGUGAAGUUGAAUACCAUGUAAUUUCCACUUUCAAGAGGAAUCCUCUCGAACAGGCCUUCAGACGGCCCAAUGUAAAUCUAACCUCCAAUCACCUUUUAUAUCAUUACUGGAUUGCUGUAAGCCAUAAGGCCCCAGCAUUCCUGUAUGAUAUCUACCUCAGGAUGACUGGAAGAAGCCCAAGGAUCAGGAAUUUAAGAAGAAAUCAGCUGGGCAGUCUUGGAUUGGGGGCUUUCAUGUUGUUGCCAGAUGAGCUGAAAGAGCUAAAGAUGAUGAAAACAAUAACUCGUCUUCACAAAGCUAUGGUGUUUCUUGAAUAUUUCACAAGUAAUUCUUGGGUUUGGAAUACUGAUAAUGUCAAUAUGUUAAUGAAUCAACUAAACCCUGAAGAUAAAAAGACCUUCAAUAUUGAUGUACGACAAUUACAUUGGGCAGAAUAUAUAGAAAACUACUGCAUGGGAACUAAGAAAUAUGUUUUGAAUGAAGAAAUGUCUGGCCUCCCUGCAGCUAGAAAACAUUUGAACAAGUUGCGGAACAUACGUUAUGGUUUCAAUACUAUCCUUGUGAUCCUGAUCUGGCGCAUUUUUAUUGCAAGGUCACAAAUGGCAAGAAACAUCUGGUACUUUGUGGUUAGUCUGUGUUACAAGUUUCUGUCAUACUUCAGAGCCUCCAGCACUAUGAGAUACUGAAGACCAAGAGUUUCGCAUUAGAACAUCUAUGCAUUUGGUGGUCUAAAUGCACAACAUGUAAAAUGUACUUAAGUCAUCUCACCUUUUGUAAAGACAUUAAACCGUCUUAGAUCAGUGUGUAGAGUAAAACAUGGUACAUUUUAUGUAACAUUUUAAUGUUAUGCUCAUAAAACCUAGUGAACACACUGUUGUAUGUCAGCUCAGAGCUGUCUAUAAGAGCCACCAAUACUAUGAUUUAACAUUUUGAUUGAUGGAAAGAAAGGGGUAGGAUAAAGACAAGAAUAGGGAAAUAGAAACAUUGACCAGUAUAACUGUGCAAUUCUGGAACAUAUUAAUUAAAAAUGCCUUAACAUAUAAUUGUAAUAUUCAGUGCAAUGGAAAGAAUUUAUUUGGACAGAGUACUAGCUAAGUUGUUAGAUACUUGAUUCUUAAAUGUUUGAUUUUUUUUCACCAGGUUUAAUGGGUUUCAGUUUUAUUAAAACUAUAGCCAAACUAUUUUUACUUCGUUCUGUAAGUUAUUGAGUAGUAUUAAACAAAAAUAUGUUCUCAUUUUUCUUUUUCUGAUUAAAUGCCUGGUACAUAUCACUUUUCUCUAAGUAUACUCAGUUUCUUUUAUAAUCAUAAGGCUAUAUAUUAAAGACCCUACUGGACCUAAAUGGGUUUGAAAAUCCAUAUCAAUAAAACUAUGUUAGCAUCAAAAAGAGUAGGACUAAACUUUUCUUGUCCAAAUUUUGAUCAAAUAAAAAUCCUGUGAGAUUGUGUUCAUGUUUGGAAACAAGAGAAUUUCUUGAGACUUUUAUGCUCUCUUUCCUUUAUAAAUAUUGUUUUAGGACUUUAAAAAGGUUCAUACUAUCUUUCCAGUGAAAUCUGAAAGUGCAUUAUUAUGGAAGAAUGUAUUUGCAGCUAGUAAUAACAUCAAGAAAAUGUCCUCAUGUGGUUAAACACAUACUAAUUUCGACAUUGAAAGUUUAAUUCCUUCAAGAAAAAUAUAAUAAUGCCUAAUGUGUAUACAAUUAAAUAAAGGACUUUAUUUACAUACCACAUAAAAUAGCAAACUGUUGAAUGAGUUUGAAUAUAUCACUUAUUUUUUUCUGCAUGGGUUUUAGCUUUAGAAAGAAAUGCAUUAUAGAAACAUAGGAAGAAAAUUACGUAUUUUAAUGAUACAUUAUAAUUCCCUGUAAAACUCAAUAAGUAGUAGUUUACUCUUUUAACAUGUUUGGUUUAACAGAUCAUUCAGCAUACCACUGUUCUAAUUAAGCUGAAGUUGUACUAUAUUUAAAUCAUCAGCAGUGUAUCUUGAACAUGUUUAAAGAGGUCAUUUCACAAUAUAAAAAGUUACAUAUAACUUUCCAUCCUACUUUUCUUUGUUAGUUUAAAUGCCAUGUAUAAGAAGUUUAUUUUGUUACUGUGGACAAACUAAAUGUAAAGGAAAUCACCUUCUUACACGCAAGUGUAUAAUCUUGAAAAGGAAAAAUGCUUCCUUGUUGAAGCUAGCUUUUCUGUAGUAAAACUUUUAAACAUUAUUUUAAAAGAAAUAUUUAUGUAAAUAUGCAUAUAUUCUUUGGAAUAAUACUCAAGUCUCUGGUUUAGGACCAUACCUUGUAGGAGGUGUGAGAGACCAUGAGAGUGUGAAAGUGGGAUAAAUGGUGAAGACUUUGACUUAAGGUGCUCCAUGUAAUGUACAUGGAGCACUCUCCAAGUAUAUUUCCAGAACAUGUUGAAAUCAUGCUAACAUUUUAUGACUUUUAUACUCCUGCCAAAUACCUAGAAUCAGAUGAAUUUGUGUUUUACAAAAAAAUCAGGCACAACUGUGCAGGCCUGUGAAGUACAUAGUUUGUUUUCUGAAUGGUUCUAUUGUCUUUAGAAUUUAAAGAAAUGUUAACUGCUGGGUGCUGAGGCUCCUGCAUUAAUUUUGUGUGUUUGGAAUUCUGUUGUGAAAGGUAAAGAAUAAAUGAAGUUCUAAAAUUAGUAUAAUGAGUAUAUAGAUUGAUAAUCUAUACCAGCUAGAUUUUGGAUUUAAGUCAAAUUUAAAGAUUUGGGAAAUCCAUUGUGUUUGUGUCAUUUGCUAGGCAAUGUUUAUAGAUCUGUGUUUUCUCCACAAAUUCAUUAUUUUACCGGACCACCUAUAAAAUAAAUUUAUUUCAUUUAACUGAUUUGAUAAAACUUUAUUCUAAAACAUUGGGUACCCCUCUGCCCAUUGACUCUUAGCUCUGGUAUAUGUAUUUGUAAAUUGUGAUGUCAUUGUGACUAUAUUUAAAUUUAUUUAGUAACACUAAUAUGUCCUAAAUCAGUGCAGAAGAGAAGGCACUGUGGUUUUUGGGUUUUUGUUGUUGUUGUUGUUGUUGUUUUCUUUUGUUUUUUGACUUCAGGAUCCCAUAGAAUAUUCUUUGAAUCUGUGUAAUAAUGCCUGGAAGCAGGGAGGGAAAAGAUCUCAUUUUCCUUCUUUUGUUGUAUCUGCAGGAACUUAUGUCAGAUUUUAAAAUUUUUUUAAUGUGAAUUAAUGCUCUUUUAUAAGCAGUAAUAGAAGCAUUAUUGGGUGCCUUUGUAAACCAAAAAGUAAUAAAUUAAUCCCUAUAUUUCCAUUAUAGUAUUUAUUGUAUUUUUAUGUAAUGAAAUUUGUCCAUGAGAUAAUGUGGUUAGAAUCACAGGAAGCAAUCUUUAAAACUUUUGUUGUCUUCAGGUGUCUUCAUUCAUUCUUACAUCCUAAUUUUGUUUAAGUUUGGGUUGCUCGCAGCAUUUUAAUAAAAGCAUAGAGAUACAGUGAACACUUGCUGUUUAGAAGGAGAUUUUAUUAUGAUGGUACCUCAUCAGCAUACAUCUCUGCUAUCCUUGAGAUGACUAAACAAAUCAUCCUUGUCAGUUAAGUGUAGUUGUGCAAAACUUAAUUGCUUUGAUUUUUUUCCUUCUAGAAAAAUUUGAAUAACAUUGUUUGAUAUGCUCCUCUGCAGUUUGAUGAUUAAAGUGCAUUUAUUUAGAAAAGCUCAAAGUGGUAUGGAUUUAAUGUCUUUACUGUGGACUUAAAUUCAGAGGAGUAAGGCUAUAAUUGUUUUGUGUUCUGCCAGAGAUUAGAUUAUAAGACCUGUAACUUUAUAUGUAAAGGAGAAAGUUGAUCAAGAUAUUUCUAUAUUCAUAUAAGCAUUCCUAGUAGGAUAAGUUACUACUUAUCCUAGUAGGAUAAGUUUUCUUUAAAAUAUUUAAGUUUUUCCCUAGCUAUGCAACUGCUUAGUUUUCAUGUUAAAAUUCCCUAAGGGUGGAUUAGUUGUCUUUCAGAGGUGGCUUGGUGGCAGAAUUACUUUAUUAUCUGCUGUUAAAUAGGAAACCUAAUUCUUUUUCUCUCCUGUGUAAGUCUUUAGAGCAAGGUGAAACUAGAAAGUAUUGGGUUGAACCAUAUAAAAAUACCAGUAUGUCUUUGACAUAUUAAGGUAAUAUAUGCCUCAACCCAAGUAUUAUAUAGCUUCCUUUAAAAAACCAAACACCUGUAUAUAAGCAGACAGAUUAGUUCUCUUUCACAUAGUCACUCAGGAAGAUUGUUUAUUUCAUCAGCAAAAGCCUUGUACCUUUCACAUGUUAAACAGUAGUUAAAAUUUGUUGAGUCCUUGCUCCACACCAGGCACUGCUCUAAGCCUCUUAGAUAUAGUCUGUUUAUGCCCUACGACAACCUUCUGUUGAAGGCCCUUCCACUACUCAUGUUUUAUAAGUGUGGUAACUAAGGCAUAUGAUGUUGGUAACUUAUCCUACAUUAUACUUAUAGUGGCAGAAUUCAGAUAGUCUAGCUACAAAGCUCACAGCCUUGUUCUGUAUAACUUUAGAUAGUCCUCCAUAUAUGUAUCCAUGGGUUCAACCAACAAUGGACUGAAAAUAUUCAAAGUAAAAAUGCAUUUGUACUGAGCA